AUGACUGAAAGUUGUGCUUCAUCAGAUCAGUCUCAAAAUAUACCUUUGCAAGAAGCAUAUUUAAAUACUAAUAAUAACGAUAAUAAUCAUAAUAGACGACAAAAACGUCGACCAGCACAAACAAGUUCACAGGACGUUCGUUAUAAUCAUCGUUUAUAUCAACAACAACAACAACAACAGCAACAACAACAAUGGUAUCCACGUCAUAUGUAUUAUAAUGAAUAUUACUAUGGACCGUCACCUUCACGCGCAGGACAUUAUAGUCACAGUCAUCAACAACAAAGACGAGCACAAUUUCGUCAUGGAUUAUCAUCUUCACAAGCAAAUCAACAAGUAACUAAUCGUUCAAAUAGUAAUUCAUCAGUACGAUCAACAAGUGAAGUUGAAAAUCUUCGUUCAACAUUAAUUGAACAAUUAUUAAAAAAUAAUUAUGAAUGUAUGAUAUGUAUAAUCAAAAUUGAACGAGAUCAAGAAAUAUGGUCAUGUGAUAUAUGUUAUAAAAUGUUUCAUUUAAAUUGUAUUAAGAAAUGGGCUCAUUCAGAAGAAAGUGGUACAGAUAAAAAUUGGCGUUGCCCCGGUUGCCAAUAUUCUUAUUCAACAAAUCCAGUUUAUAGAUGUUUUUGUCAUAAACGCAUCAAUCCUAUAUUUCAACCUGGUGAAAUUGCUCAUUCAUGCGGUGAAAGAUGUGAUAAACGUUUGAAUACUAAAGCUAAUGAUUGUAAUCAUAGUUGUUCAGAACUUUGUCAUCCUGGUCCUUGUCCAACAUGUACAACAAUGAUAAAACGUUCUUGUUUAUGUGGACGUGAAUCUCGUACUGUUAUGUGUAGCUCAAAUUCAAUAAUUAAAUGUGAAAACAAAUGUGGUAAACUUAAAUCGUGUCAACAUCAUACUUGUGAUUUGAAAUUGUUCACUAUAACUUGUGGAUUGAUGCUUUCGAUGAACAUGCUUGUUCACUUCAGUCUACUUGACAACAUUUCAAACGAACCCAAAAGCUCUAGGUCACGACCAGAAUUUAACGGGCUGAGCUUNAAACAAACAUGUUUAUCACAUGGAACUGAACGUGAAGUUUUAUGUACUAAUGAAACUGGUGGUACAAAAACAUUUACAUGUGGUGAAUCAUGUGGAAAAUUACUUUUAUGUGGUCACCAGAAAUGUACAAAAACAUGUCAUGAUGGACCAUGUCCAGAUUGUUUAUUAUUACCAGAAAAUUGUAAAACAUGUGCUUGUGGAAAAACAAUCAUGGAUAAUCAACAACGAUCAUCAUGCAUUGAUCUAUUACCAACUUGUGAGAAAUUAUGUGAAAGAAUUUUAUCCUGUGGUUCGAUCGAUGAUCCUCAUCAGUGUUUAAGUCAAUGUCAUAAUGGACCAUGUCCAUCAUGUAGUACACAAAUAAUUCUUCAAUGUCGUUGUGGAAAAUCAAGUAAAUCAAUAUCAUGUGUAGAAGCAAUAGAAGAUGAUCCAAUAGAAAAUCCUUUUCGUUGUAAACAAAAAUGCAAAACAGUUAAAUCAUGUAAAACACAUCAAUGUUCUCGAAUAUGUUGUAAUCUUGAUAGUCAUCAAUGCAAUUUAGUCUGCGGUAAAAUACUUAAUUGUAAUAUACAUAAAUGUGAAGAAUUAUGUCAUAGCAAGUUUUGUCAUACUUGUUCAUUAUUUGACCAGGAAAUAAAAUGUCAUUGUGGUAAAACAGUUCUUAAACCAAAAUCUAAAUGUUUGAAAAUUCUUCAAAAAUGCUAUUUUUCAUGUAAGCGAGAACAUGAAUGUGGUCAUCCUGCUAAUCAUUGGUGUCAUAAUGAUGAUGAAUGUCCACCUUGUACACAUCCUGUUUCAAAAAUGUGUGUUGGAAAACAUAUGUCAUUUGAUGUUCCAUGUCAUGUAAAAAUAGUAUGCUGUCGUCAAGGGUGUGGUAAAUUUCUUCCAUGUGGAGUUCAUACAUGUCAACGUUCAUGUCAUUCUGAUUCAUGUCAAUCAUUUGAUCAAAAAUGUACACAACGAUGUAAUAUAAAACGAUAUAAAUGUGGUCAUAAAUGUAAUUUAGUUUGUCAUGGAUCUGAACCUUGUCCAGUAACAACAUGUGAAGCAAUAAUUAAACAACAACAACAAUUAGAAUGUGAUGAUGAAUAUCGUGUCAUACAAGAAAAUAAAAAUUUAACUCAACCCUUCUCAAUUAAUCUUGAUGCACCACGACAAUUACCAACUGUUUAUACAGAAUUUUUACGUGAUUAUGCAAAGAAAAAUUUAGAAUUUGUUCAAACUAUUGAACGACAAUGA